AUGACAUCGUUGUCAAAAGAGUUUGCCAUGAAGGACUUAGGUCCUUUAAGCUACUUUCUCGGAAUUGCAGUAAACAAAAAUGGGACUUCUCUUUUCUUAUCACAAGAAACUUAUGCACAGGACAUACUAAAAAGGGCCAAAAUGCAAACGUACAAUCCAACAAUCACACCUGUGGAUACCAAGCAAAAGCUAAGCGCUUCGGAUGGAGAUCUACUUGUCGAUGGCACCGAAUACCGGCAACUUGUGGGAGCGCUUCAAUACCUUACGUUCACCCGACCCGACAUCACCUACGCGGUCCAACAAGUAUGCAUGAACAUGCAAGCACCACGCACGUCUCACAUGCAUGCUCUCAAGAGGAUUUUGUGCUACAUCAAAGUAACAAUACAUGUUGGGCUAACCAUUUCACCAACAAAGUCCUCGUCACCUAUUUCCUACACAGACGCAGAUUGGGGCGGUUGUCCCGAUACUCGCCGCUCCACAUCCGGAUACUGUGUUUACAUGGGUGACAACUUAGUUUCAUGGUCGUCGAAGCGCCAACCAAUUUUGUCCCGUUCAAGCGCCGAGGCCGAGUACCGCGGAGUUGCAAAUGUGGUCUCCGAAGUGUGUUGGCUUCGAAACUUAUUGUUAGAAUUACACAAACCGCCAACACAUGCAACUCUAGUCUAUUGUGACAACGUUAGUGCAAUUUAUCUCUCGGAGAAUCCGGUUCAACACCAACGCACGAAACACAUCGAAAUGGACAUCCAUUUCGUACGGGAAAAAGUUGCACGCGGUCAAGUUCGGGUUCUUCACGUGCCAUCCAGGUAUCAAGUAGCCGAUAUUUUUACAAAGGGUCUCCCACGGAUUCUUUUCAAAGAUUUUCGAGCCAGUCUUAACGUUCAGCCACUCCACGUUUCGACUGCGGGGGUAUAUUAG